GAAUUUACUAGUAUCGUGGUAGGAUUAGUUCAACAUGAAUGCAAGCAUAGUGGGAGCAGUAUUGAGCGUACAAGAUGUUAGCCGGUCGUUGCAGCGAUUCGGACUGGUGGAUUAUCUGGUAUUUUCCGGUAUGCUGCUUGUCUGUAUAGUCAUAGGCAUUUUCUUUGGUUGGAAAGAUCAUGCAAAGCAUGCUCGAAGAAAGAACCAUCGACGAGGAUCCGAGGCACUCGAUUAUCUGGUUGGUGGUCGAAAAAUGAAAAUCUUCCCUGUGGCAAUGUCGUUAGUGGCAAGUUUCAUAUCCGGUAUUGCACUGAUGGGAGCGUCAACUGAGACAUAUUUGUAUGGCAUGCAGUUUGCGUACAUAUUUUCGGGGAUUUUAGCAAUGUGCGUUGCUAUGUACUUCAUAUUCCUACCCGUAUUUCAAGGACUACAGAUAACAUCGGUGUACGAAUACCUUCAAAUGAGGUUUGAUAGAAGAAUACGUCUGCUAGGUUCAAUUUUGUUUACAAUAGCGACACUAUUACACCUACCAAUUGUCAUAUUCGUACCGGCAUUGGCAUUUAAUCAAGUUUCGGGUAUAAACGUGCAUUUUAUAACCUCGGUCGUAUGUACGGUUUGCAUUUUCUACACCAGUGUUGGAGGCAUCAAGGCAGUGGUGUGGACGGAUGUUAUUCAAACAAUUAUUAUGAUCGGUGCUUUAAUCUUGAUCGUUGUGAAAGGUACUGCCGAAAUUGGAGGAUUGAGUGUACUCAUCGAGAGAAAUUUGGCCAGCGGAAGAAUUGAACCCCCUAACUUCAAUUUGGAUCCAACGGAAAGAACCACCAUAUGGGCGAUUUUCUUCGGAGGUGGUUCAUUCUGGAUAGCAAAAAACGCAAUUCAUCAGAUGAUGAUCCAACGAUAUCUCUCGCUACCGACACUUGCCGAUGCCCGGAAGGCAUUACUGAUGUUUACCAUCGGCAUUAUUUGCUUGAUGUUGACCUGUUUCUACAACGGUUUACUGAUUUACGCAACUUUUCACGAUUGCGAUCCGUUGACAACCAAGCUGGCGAAGGAGAAAGAUCAGCUGCUACCGAUAUUGGUGAUGAAAGUGUUUGGUGAUUAUCCAGGGCUAGCAGGACUUUUCAUUUCAGGAAUAUUCAGUGCUUCGCUGAGCUCUCUAUCGACCGGAUUGAAUUCUUUGGCUGCAAUUGUUUUGGAGGACUUCUUUAAACCGUUCCUGAGGAAAGAGCUUUCCGAACGACAAACACGCUACUUGAUGCGAGGGACGGUGUUGCUGUUUGGCAUCAUAGCAGUGGUUCUAGUGAUGGUGGUGGAAAAACUUGGAACUGUUCUUCAGCUGUCAAUGAGCUUGGUUCCCAUUUCUCUGGGUCCAUUGCUGGGAGUAUUUCUAAUGGGAAUGCUAUUGCCAUGGAUCAACGCACAGAGUGCACUAGCCGGAACUUGCACUGGUCUGUUAACAAUGACUUACAUUGUCAUCCGAGCUCAAAUAUCAAUCGCCAUGAAGGAGAUCGUUCAUCCUACUAAGCCUCUAUCCGUUGAAGGUUGCACAUAUGAAUUCUUCAAUGCUACAGUAGCGGCUAAUGUGCAAACUCCCGUUGAAAUAGAAAAAUCUAUUCAUCACGUGUCCUUUCUAUAUUACACUCUCAUAGGAGUUUGUAGUACAGCGUUUUCGGGAUUACUAUAUACUUUCAUACUGGGACGACAGAAUCCCUCCGAUUUGGAUCCACUCUUACUGGCUCCGUUCCUGAGAAACUCUUUCUUCCCCAAAAGAUUGGCCACCACCACAACCGUCGUUCACAGCUUCGAAAACGUUGACACGAAAUUGUAGCACUCAAAGCUAUUGAAAUAAAUUCUAUUUGACCUUCCAAAUCAUUCCAUUAUCGUUUUCUUCCGGAUUGCACAACUGCUCCGAAAAUUCCUAAGCAAGAUCACCCGUUAAUCAUGCACUCACUAUUCAUGCAACGUGUACUCGUGCUGUCUCCGGCGAGACGACGACGUAUGUUGACUCGAAGAGAUAGGUCGGUGAUCGUAAUUUAUGUCCGGGGAGACUGUGCCGCCUUAUCACUACAGAAGGCAAACUAUCGUAUAUCAUCACCGAAGAUUCGGUCCACACGGCUCAACGACGAUG